GGGCGCUCGUGGGACUGUGCCGCCCUCCGACCGCUCCCCCGGGCUUCUCUUCGGACCGUUAACCUCGAAUGAGGAACGAGCGGGGAGGAAAGGGAGGGGCUGCGGCGGCGCCGGCACAGCCCGCCGGGCCCGGGGCCGGGGGCGGUGAGAUCACGUAACUGCUGCUCUGGCAUCUGACCGGGGAGGAGGGUCCCUCCCCGGCAGCCCGAGCCCCCCUGCGCCCGCCGCGGCUCGGAAACAGUUACCCGCUGGUAAACAACAGCUGCGCGCGCAUCCGCAUCAGCUGGCGCCGGGAUCCCGCACCUGCGACCUCCUCCUACCCUCAUCCUCGCCGCUCCCUCCUGCUCAGCCAGGGCCAGCCUGCGAGGCCGUCUCCUCUUCUGUUAGGACCCGAAGGAAGAACAGCGAGGGGCUACCUUGCGCCGGGGCCCUGGUAGGGGAGGAAAGCAUCUCCGGCAAAGGGGUGGCUCGUCCUGUCACACGCAGGAGAAACCCAGCAAACCGAUCGGGGGCUCGAUGGACUAGCAGCUACCUGCCACGACCCUGAACUGCAGUCCGCGGAGUCUCGAUCCGCUAGCCGGCGCCUCCCAGAUCCCAGGGACCUUUCUGCCAGAAGAGCGGGAGGGCCACCCUCGCAGACCUCUCGGAGGCAGGAAUCCGCUUUGCCCCUGCAGCCUCCUCUCCUCACCCUUGUCUCCUCAUUCUCCUCCAUCCAUAGUGUGAGAUAUUUUUCCCGUUAUGCAUGCUCACCUCUCCCACCAGACCCAAGUGGAUUAUCGGCCUCAAAAACAUCGGGUGGCUCUACACACAUCUCCUCCCAGCCAGACCUGUGGGGUAUUCACCUGAUACACAACAGGUGGUCGGGUGUACACCGUUUCGCAAUCUGAUCUAUACUGUUUAUAUUCGCCUGAUAAGGGUGGGCCUCUGCGCACUUUGCUCAUCUAGCCGUGGGACAUUUACAGAUAAGGGACUAACUACCUCGGCAGAAACCUUAAGGUCGAGGAGAGAAAGGCUUCGUCACCUGCUUCUCUGAGACCAUGGCUGGCUGCCCGCAUCCCUGGACCAGGGGAGAUAACUAGAUAGCUCUUCAUUCUGAAGGAACGAAGUUACGCGAGAUUGGCAUCGUUUGUCUGUUUUUUUUUUUUUUUUUCUUAAAUAUUUUCCAGCUGCUGGUAGUGCACUUUUUAGGACAGGCGGCUUGAAUUCUGAGUAGAAGGAUACUUAUAUAUAGUGGCUUUUUGUGUGGUGUAAGUCAAGGUAAUUGAGAGGUUUUUUUUAAAGUUAUCUUUUCUAUUUUUGCAACCAAAAUUGCUAGCGUAGGAGGAAGGGUUUUGCAGGGUUUUUUCUUUUUUCUUUGUCCUUAUAAAGGAAAAAAAAAUGCAUCCUUCAGAAAACACCACCAAGAUGGCUUCAGUUCGGUUCAUGGUGACACCAACAAAGAUCGAUGACAUUCCAGGUUUGUCAGACACCAGCCCGGACCUCAGUUCUCGAUCCAGUUCCCGGGUAAGAUUUAGCUCCCGGGAAAGUGUACCUGAAACAAGCCGUAGUGAGCCUAUAAGUGAGAUGUCUGGAGCCACCAGUUCACUGGCGACUGUUGCACUGGAUCCAGCUAGUGACCGGACUUCUAACCCCCAGGAUGUUACUGAGGAUGAUGGACAUAAGAAAGCUCGAAAUGCUUAUCUUAACAAUUCCAAUUAUGAAGAAGGAGAUGAAUAUUUUGAUAAAAAUUUGGCACUCUUUGAGGAAGAAAUGGACACCAGACCAAAGGUGUCUUCUCUCCUCAGCCGCUUGGCCAAUUACACUAACCUGACGCAAGGAGCAAAGGAACAUGAAGAGGCAGAGAACAUCACUGAAGGGAAAAAGAAGCCCACCAAGACCCCCCAAAUGGGUACUUUCAUGGGUGUUUACCUCCCAUGUCUACAAAAUAUUUUUGGAGUGAUCCUGUUUCUACGCCUUACAUGGGUGGUGGGCACAGCUGGAGUUCUGCAGGCCUUUGCAAUUGUCCUUAUCUGCUGCUGCUGUACAAUGUUGACUGCUAUCUCCAUGAGUGCCAUUGCCACUAAUGGAGUGGUGCCAGCUGGGGGCUCAUACUUUAUGAUUUCCCGAGCACUGGGCCCAGAGUUUGGUGGGGCUGUUGGCCUCUGCUUUUAUCUUGGUACCACAUUUGCAGCAGCCAUGUAUAUCCUUGGUGCCAUUGAAAUUUUUCUGGUAUAUAUUGUCCCCCGAGCUGCCAUCUUUCAUAGUGACGAUGCACUCAAGGAGUCGGCAGCGAUGCUAAAUACCAUGCGUGUCUAUGGCACAGCCUUCUUGGUCCUCAUGGUAUUGGUGGUAUUCAUCGGUGUACGCUAUGUGAACAAGUUUGCCUCACUCUUUCUGGCCUGUGUCAUUGUGUCCAUCUUGGCCAUCUAUGCUGGAGCCAUCAAGUCUUCUUUUGCCCCUCCACACUUCCCGGUCUGCAUGCUGGGCAACCGCACCCUUUCAUCAAGACACAUUGAUAUUUGCUCGAAGACCAGGGAAAUUAACAACAUGACAGUACCGUCAAAGUUAUGGGGCUUCUUCUGUAAUUCAAGUCAGUUUUUCAAUGCCACCUGUGACGAAUACUUUGUUCACAAUAAUGUCACUUCAAUCCAGGGCAUCCCUGGAUUGGCUAGCGGUGUCAUUACAGAGAAUCUUUGGAGUAAUUAUAUACCAAAGGGAGAGAUUAUUGAAAAGCCCUCAGCCAAAUCUUCUGAUGUCUUAGGCAGCUUAAACCAUGAGUAUGUCCUUGUUGACAUUACCACCUCUUUCACUCUUCUGGUGGGGAUCUUCUUUCCCUCUGUCACAGGUAUCAUGGCUGGAUCAAACAGAUCUGGAGAUCUGAAAGAUGCUCAAAAGUCUAUUCCCAUUGGCACUAUCCUCGCCAUCCUGACUACCUCCUUUGUCUAUUUAAGCAAUGUUGUCCUUUUUGGUGCAUGUAUUGAAGGCGUUGUUCUCAGAGACAAGUUUGGGGAUGCUGUGAAAGGUAAUCUCGUGGUGGGUACCUUAUCUUGGCCGUCCCCGUGGGUGAUUGUUAUUGGCUCCUUCUUCUCCACGUGUGGGGCUGGACUUCAGAGUCUCACAGGUGCACCGAGGCUGCUACAGGCUAUAGCCAAGGAUAACAUCAUACCCUUUCUGAGGGUGUUUGGUCACAGCAAAGCCAAUGGGGAACCUACCUGGGCUUUACUUCUAACUGCUGUCAUUGCAGAGCUGGGAAUCCUUAUUGCCUCCCUGGAUCUUGUGGCCCCAAUUCUUUCCAUGUUUUUUCUCAUGUGUUACCUCUUCGUGAACUUGGCAUGUGCCUUGCAAACAUUACUUCGAACACCCAAUUGGAGACCCCGGUUCCGCUACUACCACUGGGCCCUCUCUUUCAUGGGAAUGAGUAUCUGUCUGGCUCUGAUGUUUAUUUCUUCCUGGUAUUAUGCCAUCGUAGCUAUGGUAAUAGCUGGUAUGAUCUACAAGUACAUCGAGUACCAAGGAGCUGAGAAAGAAUGGGGUGAUGGUAUCCGCGGGCUGUCCCUCAGUGCAGCCCGAUUUGCUUUGCUUCGGUUGGAAGAAGGACCUCCACACACUAAAAACUGGAGGCCUCAGUUGCUUGUAUUGCUGAAACUAGAUGAAGACCUACAUGUCAAGCAUCCUCGCCUCCUCACCUUUGCUUCACAGCUUAAGGCAGGAAAGGGUCUCACCAUUGUGGGCUCUGUCAUCGUGGGGAACUUCCUGGAGAACUAUGGUGAAGCUUUAGCUGCUGAGCAGACCAUAAAGCAUCUAAUGGAGGCAGAGAAGGUGAAAGGAUUCUCCCAGCUGGUGGUGGCCGCCAAGCUGAGAGAGGGCAUUUCCCACCUCAUCCAGUCAUGUGGCCUUGGGGGCAUGAAGCACAACACAGUGGUGAUGGGGUGGCCAAAUGGCUGGCGCCAGAGUGAAGAUGCUCGAGCUUGGAAGACUUUUAUUGGCACAGUUCGAGUGACGACUGCUGCCCAUCUGGCCCUGCUCGUGGCUAAAAACAUCUCCUUCUUUCCCAGCAAUGUGGAGCAGUUUUCUGAGGGCAACAUUGAUGUGUGGUGGAUUGUGCAUGAUGGGGGGAUGCUCAUGCUCUUACCGUUCCUCCUGAAACAGCACAAGGUGUGGCGAAAAUGCAGCAUACGGAUCUUCACAGUAGCCCAACUAGAAGACAACAGUAUUCAGAUGAAGAAGGACCUGGCCACCUUCCUGUAUCACCUUCGCAUUGAGGCAGAGGUGGAAGUUGUGGAGAUGCAUGACAGUGACAUAUCAGCUUAUACUUACGAGCGCACCCUGAUGAUGGAGCAAAGGUCCCAGAUGCUCCGGCACAUGCGACUAUCCAAAACAGAGCGGGACAGAGAGGCACAGCUGGUGAAAGAUCGGAAUUCAAUGCUACGAUUGACCAGCAUUGGCUCUGAUGAGGAUGAAGAGACAGAGACCUAUCAGGAGAAGGUGCACAUGACCUGGACGAAAGACAAGUACAUGGCAUCCCGGGGGCAAAAGGCCAAGUCAAUGGAAGGAUUCCAGGACCUACUUAACAUGCGUCCGGACCAGUCCAAUGUGAGGCGGAUGCAUACAGCUGUGAAGCUCAAUGAGGUUAUAGUUAACAAGUCCCAUGAAGCAAAGCUGGUUUUGUUGAAUAUGCCAGGGCCACCCCGAAACCCUGAGGGUGAUGAAAACUACAUGGAGUUCCUAGAAGUGCUCACCGAAGGACUAGAGCGAGUCCUUCUUGUCCGAGGUGGUGGCAGUGAAGUGAUCACCAUUUAUUCAUAAUCUACCCCUGAAUGACUCUGCUGGGCCUCACCUUUCCAAAAAGGCUUCCAUCCUCCAUGGAAGUGCCAGCUCUUUACUACCACUCCCAUCAACUAGGGACCUGUGUUCUGUGUACAUCACGCUGAACUCUUAACGAGCUGAGCCUCAAGUACUUGUGCAGAAAAGUACAAACAGAUCUGCUCUUUGCUACCAUAUGACCUGCUGUCCUUAAAGAAGAAGCAGAUAUUCCCUCAACCUCAGAACAAUGCUCAAGUCCUACAAGCCAUGCCUGUACCAGAUAAAGGCAAGUUAGAAUUAACAAGCUAAACCAAUAAAAUGAAUUGGCAAAAGGGAUGCUAGAAAUUCAACUGAAGACAAAAGACAAGUACACAUCUAACAUUAAAGGUGAGUCUCAGAAGUCAUGAUUCAAUGAUGACACCAUGUGGGUAACAGCCAGAGAGACACAGCCUCAUCAUACUAAAGAAUUCAUGGCCAAGUACACGGGGAGCUAACAUCUUUGUGGAGACAUCCGUGGCAAGCCAAGAUGAAAAUUUUCGUCAGUGUAUCCACUGCUCUCCAGGACUCUUAAUUUUACAUUAGGGUACUAAUAUAUAAAAACUGAAACAUGAAACUGCAGCCCCUACUUCCUCCAAAAUAAGAUACCCCCAAAAUAUGUUUAAGUACACAUACGGUGUUGUAUAUUUCAGCUGUUUCUCAAACCCAUCCUGUGGUUAGGAUUGUAAUACAGGCACUGUUACCAUGGAAGUUGUUUUUUAAAAGGUUGAGUAAAAAUUCUUUCUUUCAGGUUCUUUGCAAAUGGACAAACUAAGCGAACUCCAAAAUGUAGCUAUCAAGAUUUACAUAAAUGCAGUCUGUGGUUACCUAUGAGACAUGGGCAAAAUAUAUAAGCUGUUAUCUAAGAAAUGCAGAUGAUGAUGCAUAUUGACCAAGAGAUUCUCCUUUCCUUCUCCCUUUUAUGCCCUCUGGGUUAUAGGCACAGAUCAAAAAUCAUAGGAACAAACACACUAGGAAGACUGGCUAAAAUCCUUUCCUAAAACCUUUGAAUUAUCCUUCAAAGGGAGAAUCCAGCAGUGGAAUUUGAAGUUUAUAGCCAUACUCCUUCCGUAGUGCCAAAGUUACUGAGCUGCUGCUACUCUUCUUACCUACUUCCCUGAAGUGGCAUGCAAUUGGCAUUGGCCUGUUUCCAGAAUCUUCUUUCAUUAGGAAACCUGUGGACUCAUUCCCAAAGCCAGCCAUAGUGAAGACUUGAGGGCAUGCAGCUCAGCACUAAGUAUAAGCAUUUUUUUUUUCCUUUCAAUUUUAUUCUUCAUUUUGACUGCAGAAACUUGGAUCUGAACUAAGAGAUUAUCCAAGGUAACAGUCUUCUAUUUCAGUUUUGUUUUCAGAAAGCUCUAAAUGUGUCAAGGAAAUGCUUCUGCAAGCUUAGCUUUUUAUUUGCUAACUUAAUGAUCACAAAACACCUGCCUUUCGAGCAUAGGGAAAGUGCCCUGUGUGACUGAGUGGUAAUUUCAUAUAUGUGAAAUCUUCAUUUAUUGUACAGGAUAGAUAGGGUAUUCCAAGAAACUAUCUUGCCUGUAUUCAUGUCUGCUUUUGAAUUUCAUUUUAUUAAUGAUAAAUAGUACCACUCUUUCAUUACCAGUAGGAUAUGGAGCAAGCUGACUUGCUCCGUAGUCCGCAGACUAUUCAUCUGACCCUUAUGGACAGAGGAGAAAAACCCUUCAAUAUGGCUUAAGAAACUGAGUCAUUUUGGUUUAUUCCCUUUGCUCUUGUUUCAGUGUCCCAGCCCACUCAGGUAGCAAAGCGGACAAGAUCUUUUAAGUCUUUUUUCUGCUGCUUCCUGCAGAGGGUAGAAGCAUUGUUUACAACUUUCCUUGCAACACUCCAUUGCUAAGUUGAGUCCAGCAGUAGUGGAACAGGUCCCCUAGGACCCAAGCUAGUAAAGAUCCAUGCUCUAAA